AUGUCCGGCCUCCCAGUCCAGCACCUACACACAGAGACUCCGACAGAGGUGGGAGCUGGUGAGCCGGUGCCUGAGGAGGAACCAGAGGAGGUGCUGACAUGCGAGCAGGCAAGUGCGGCGCUCAGCCACCUGGGCAAGGCAGCCGAUGGGCUGCGCUAUGCCUACCUGGCAAUGCGGCUGCCCGGCUGCCACCUCUGCGACAUCUCCGCUGCAGCUGCCUUUCAGAACAUUCUCUUGAUCGACGUGUCCAACAACAGGUUGCGUGAUGGAAGCCUGGAUGUGCUGGCGGCCAUCCCAUUCCUGGUGAUGAUCAAGGCAGAGAACAACCUGCUGGAGUCGGCUGCCAUGCCAGCAAUGCCCUACUUGCAGCUGCUCAUCCUCAAUGGCAACCGCAUCACACACACACAUGGCAUCGAGCAUCCUCUGCUGGAGUGCCUGGAACUUAGUCACAACCAGAUCCGUGACAUCUGCAGCCUGGAGCCUGACAUCCUCAAAAGGCUGCGCACCCUAGACCUCCGAGCCAAUGCGCUCACCUCCACUGCAGGCAUCCAGUUACCUACACUUGAGAACCUCUACCUGGCACAGAACUCUAUCCAACUACUCGAGGACCUGCAAUCGCUCACCAGUCUGCGUGUCCUCCACUUGCGGCAGAAUCCUCUCAGGUUGCUGAUGGGCUUCAGUAACAAAAUGGCUCAUCUGACAUACCUCAACCUGCGCGGCUGUAAGAUUGAAGAUAUGAGUGAGCUAAAGAAGCUGGCAUGCCUGCCCGUGCUGGAGACAAUUGUGAUCUCGGAGAACCCGAUGGUCGAGGCUGCAGAGGAGGAGUACCGUGUGUCAUUGUUGUCCGAGCUGCCUCGUCUGAAGAGGAUAGACAAGCUGGCUGUGGAGGAGGAAGAGCUGAUGGCUGCAGAGGAGCUGAUUGCUGCCCGCACGGAGGUUCUGGAGGGCGAGGACGAGCAGGUGGCAGACGAAGAAGAUGAAAUUUGA